AUGCGGAAGAUGGCGGCGUCCAGGGGAGGCUGAGGGCGCUGGGGAGGUGGAGGCAGGUUUCCGUACAGCCUGAGCGUGCGGCUUUGGGGAUCCCUUCGCUCCGUUUCCUGCUCUCAGGUUUCGCGCCGGUCGUCCUCCCAGGCUCUCGGGCGCGAUGUGGAGGAGCUGCCUCCGGCUGCGGCACGCCGGGCGCCGCCUCCUGAACCCGCCCCGGGGUGCCCUCACCGCCUCCGUGCGGCCGGGGCCAAACCCCCUGAUCCCUGCCCGGGCCUAUGCGCCCCCAACAGAAAGGAAGAGGUUUUAUCAGAAUGUCAGCAUCACACAGGGUGAAGGUGGCUUUGAGAUAAACCUGGACCACAGGAAGCUGAAAACUCCCCAAGCCAAGCUCUUUACUGUCCCCAGCGAGGCCUUGGCCAUCGCGGUGGCCACUGAAUGGGACUCCCAGCAGGACACCAUCAAGUUCUACACCAUGCACCUGACCACACUGUGCAACACGUCUUUAGACAACCCUACCCAGCGGAACAAGGACCAGCUGAUCCGGGCAGCUGUGAAGUUUCUGGACACCGACACCAUCUGCUACAGGGUGGAAGAGCCGGCGACGUUAGUCGAACUGCAAAAGAACGAGUGGGACCCAAUCAUGGAAUGGGCCGAGAAGAGAUACGACGUGGAGAUCGGCUCCUCCACCAGCAUAAUGGGGCCCAGCAUCCCAGCCAGGACUCGGGAGGUGCUCGUCAGCCACCUGGCGUCUUACAACAUGUGGGCCCUACAAGGGAUUGAGUUUGUAGUGACCCAGCUCAAGUCCCUGGUGCUGACCUUGGGCCUGAUGGACCUGCACCUGACCGUGGAGCAGGCCGUGCUGCUGUCCCGCCUGGAGGAGGAGUACCAGAUCCAGAAGUGGGGCAACAUUGAGUGGGCCCACGACUACGAGCUGCAGGAGCUGCGGGCACGCACGGCCGCCGGCACCCUGUUCGUCCACCUCUGUUCCGAGAGCACCACGGUGAAGCACAAACUCCUGCAGCAGUGAGGCCUGGCCAGGUGCGCCCCCCGGCCUGCGGGGCCCCCGCUGGGCGUCGCUCUGCCAUGUCCCCCGGGACCCAGCGUGGCUGUGGAGGUCAGCCCGUGCCCCGGCCGGGCGCCCCUGGCCCAGUUGGCAGCGAGCGAGCGGGACAAGCGAACGAGCGACUACCUCUCAAGCUGGUUUUAUUAAAUACCUGUCUGCCCUGG